AUGGCGAUCAAGGACUGGGGACUUUUGUCCCAAGCAGACGAAGAUGCGCUUCACAAUGUAUCCCGCCUACUCGCUGUCGAAGCUCGCCCAUACACAAACACCGCCGGUCGCAUACUCAGGCCAGACUUCUUCGAGGACGCGCGCCCCAGACAACUCCCUUCUCCGCCCCCAGAUGCCUCUGCCGCAGAAGAGGAAGCAGCGGCAGUCAUUGUCGAGCGCGAACAACAAGCGCACAACAUCGAGAUAUGGCGGAAAGACAUCCUGAACGAGCUGUCGCUACUGGACUUUGCGAUAUUGCGUUCCGAGUUCACUACGAAUAGCAACCACACUGAGCGUGAACGCUAUGCCGUUGAGAAGACGGCCAUUGAGGCAAAACAGGAGCACGUGCGCAAGACCAUAGAAGAUCUGCGCGUCAGACUGGUCGAGACAAGAGAGACGCUCGCCGUGCGUAAGACGUAUGACGAGCUCACAGAGAAGAUCACUAGCAGCAAGAUGCUGAAGCCGCGGGACGAGCAAGCACACGCCCACGAGAAGCUAGACCAGGAGAUAGAAGAACUCAGAAACGAAGUGCAAUCAGCGAAGAAUACCUGGAGCGAGCGACGCACGCAAUUCGGUCGAAUCGAGGAGGAGGCACGCGGCAUGUUGCGCAUGAUCAAGGAUGAGAAGGAGGAGGCUGAGCGCAAAGAGGGCAUGAUGAAGCAUGGUGACGAGGAUGGCGAGGGCGAGGGCAGCACUUCGAGGGGCGAUGUUAGCCAUGCUGGUACACCGAGGCCAGACGGUGGCAUGACACCAGGGCAUGCUAGUCAGAGCGGAGAAGGCUCAUCGUCUCUGAGGGUACCACCACAGGAUCGCCUGAAGCCUUUAUCACGAGAAGUUAGUGCCGCGCCAUCGCCAGCCAGGUCUGGUGCUGCCGAUGACACUGAGAUGGUAGACUUAGGAGCAAACUCAGGAGACGGCAAUGAUGGCGACUCUUCCGGUCUAGAAGAAGGCGAAGAUCUCGAGGACGGGGAGGAUGAUGGCGAAGAUCGUCGAGAGAUCAAGAUGGACGAGUCGUGA